AUGACUUCCUGCUUCAUCACUGUGCUUGUGUUAUUUGCUCUACUUCCGGCUCAGUCAUACUCUAUGGCCGAAGGCAAAGAUAGCAAUGAGUUUACUGCCGAGUUCAUGGCAGACGAGGGAUACUAUGCAUCGGUAAUGCCUGUCUCUUUGCGGAUCAAGUUUUCCUCAGCGACAACAAAUGGAUACAUUCAUGAGGUGCAGAGGGAAUCUGACUCUACCUACAAACUCCAACUCGUUGCUAACGCUGCCGGAGAAGUCACAGUGACCGCCUCCAAAUACAUUACAUCCAUGGAGGGAAUAGCGCUCACAAACUCUCCUUCGAUUAGUUUUAUGUACAAAGGAGCAUCGAUUGCGCCUAUCCAAAUCACAAAGCAUACCGCUACCGAGGUUCAAGUUGCUUUGCUCUUGAUACCCGUUCGUCUGUACGCCCUUCUCCUCACUGCCUCGGCGAACGAGCCUAGCUAUCGCGAGAUUGUAACGCAUGGGCAGUAUAUGGUCGAAGAAGGAGUCAACGCAUAUUCCGCUGAUUUCUCGGAUCUGGAUCCAGACACAACGUAUGUGGUUUACAUAUCUGGGAGAGAAGAGGCGGGAACGAUUGUUGGCACACCGAUUCGUGAGAGCUCUAUCAUUAUUUCGCGGACAUCCGGCUCUUCCGUGUCUUGUCCGAAGGGAUUUGGAUUGCUGGACAAUGGAACGAUCGAUCUAGUGAGCUGCAGUGGCCAUGGAAGAUGUGUGUCGGGUGUUUGCUAUUGCGAUGUCGAGUUCUCUGGAGUGAGCUGCGACCGUGUAAGAGAAAUAGUCCUCGAUCGGCCAGAUGACCGCUUUGUAUUCAUUCAAGGAUCCAUGGUAUUGAAAGGCGUCAUGAAAGAGUCGUCGGAUGCGAUCCAAACCGCUCUUCGUGUUUUCUUAUCUUCUACCAUUUCGAUUCCUCUGAAUCAAGUGCAAAUCCGCAAAUGGGAUUUUAUCUACACGGAGAUCGCUUCCCUCUCGCGCGCCUCCUCCCAUGUUCAGCGAAAACACCAUUCUGCCCAGUCCUCUACGAUUCAAAUUGCUGUCUCGUUCACUCUCGUUGUCAAUCGCGUGGAGGGAACCCAAAAAAUCACCGAGCUUUCUGCGAUUCUUAGAAAAGAAGCGGUACUCAAGCAAUCCGACACGGUUCUUGCUUACCUUGAGACGCAGCGACUCGUUCUGCAGGAGGACACAGACGAUUGGAGAUGUCACGAUGGGACGAGGACCGAGAUUGAGAGCGAUGUGGACUGUGGCGGGUCUUGCUCUGCCAAAUGUGAGAAGGGGAAGCACUGCUUCACAUUCGCUGAUUGCAGCGAUGGUCUCGCUUGCCAAGACAAUGUAUGUGUGUCUACAAAUGUGGGUUCUGCAAUCCAAAGUGUUGCAUUAUUGGUGAUUGUAAUCUGUAUCGUGAUUCUCAUUGUGGGAGCUGUAGCAUAUUUCAAGAUUCGGAAACAUUCUGCCUCGGAGUUCUUGCGAAUGAGUUCUCCUUAUGCAUAA